AUCAACGUCAAGCUUUUCGUCAUUCUUUAAUUUCAAUGUACGGCGGUGGAUAUCAAUACCCAGACCCGUACCCGGAUCCGAGCAACAGCGGGGCGGCAUUUGUGGAGGGGGAGGGUGACGACGACGACGGCGGCGGCGAAGAACCGGAGGAUAUAUCGCAGGAGGAUGCUUGGACUGUGAUAAGCUCGUAUUUCGAGGAGAAGGGUUUGGUUCGUCAGCAAUUGGAUUCGUUUGAUGAGUUCAUACAGAACACGAUGCAGGAGAUUGUGGACGAGUCCUCCAACAUCGAGAUCCGACCCGAAUCCCAGCACAAUCCGGGUCGGAGCUCCGAUUUCGUUGAGACAGUAUACAGAAUCAGCUUCGGGCAGAUAUACCUUAGUAAACCGAUGAUGACUGAAUCAGAUGGAGAGACCAACACAUUGUAUCCAAAAGCUGCACGGUUAAGGAACCUAACCUAUUCGUCACCAUUGUACGUCGAUGUCACAAAGAGAGUCGUAAAGAAAGGUUACGACCACGAAGAAGUCAUAGAGACACAAGAGUUCACCAAAGUCUUCAUCGGAAAGGUUCCAAUAAUGCUUCGUUCGAGCUAUUGUAGUUUGUACCAUCUCUCGGAGAAAGACUUGAUGGAGAUGGGGGAGUGCCCUUAUGAUCAGGGCGGAUACUUUAUAAUAAACGGGAGCGAGAAAGUUCUUAUUGCUCAGGAGAAAAUGAGCACUAAUCACGUCUAUGUGUUUAAGAAGCGUCAGCCUAACAAAUACGCUUACGUGGCCGAAGUUAGGUCCAUAGCCGAGUCGCAGAACAAGGCACCUAGUGGCAUGUUUGUUAGGAUGCUUUCUAGACCUGGAGCAAAAGGGGGGACCUCGGGACAGUACAUUCGAGCUACACUUCCGUACAUUAGGACCGAAAUUCCUAUAAUAAUCGUGUUUCGCGCAUUGGGAUUUGUGGCGGAUAAAUAUAUAUUAGAACAUAUCUGCUAUGAUUUUAAUGAUACAAAAAUGAUGGAGUUGUUGAGGCCUUCGUUGGAAGAGGCCUUUGUGAUACAAAAUCAACAGGUUGCACUUGACUACAUUGGAAAGAGAGGAUCUACGGUUGGUGUUACGAGAGAAAAAAGAAUUAAGUACGCGAAAGAAAUCCUCCAAAGGGAGAUGCUUCCGCAUGUCGGUACUGAUGAGUAUUGUGAAACCAAGAAAGCCUAUUAUUUCGGAUACGUAAUAAACAGGCUAUUACUCUGCGCACUUGGGCGAAGACCAGAGGACGAUCGAGAUCACUACGCGAAUAAGAGGCUCGAUCUUGCUGGUCCAUUGUUAGCGGGUUUAUUUCGCAUGUUGUUCAGAAAAUUAACCAGGGAUGUCAGAUCAUAUGUUCAAAGGGGCGUCGAUAGUGGCAAGGAAGUAAAUUUGCAAUUUGCUAUUAAGGCAAAAACAAUCACAAGUGGACUCAAGUAUUCUCUUGCCACUGGAAACUGGGGACAAGCAAAUGCAGCUGGAACUAGAGCUGGAGUUUCUCAGGUGCUCAAUCGUUUGACAUAUGCAUCAACACUCUCUCAUUUGAGGAGAUUAAACUCGCCUAUUGGCCGUGAAGGUAAAUUGGCUAAACCGAGGCAGUUGCACAAUUCACACUGGGGUAUGAUGUGUCCUGCAGAAACACCUGAAGGACAAGCAUGUGGAUUGGUCAAGAACCUUGCCCUUAUGGUGUACAUAACAGUCGGAUCAGCAGCAAAUCCGAUUUUGGAGUUUUUAGAUGAGUGGAGUACGGAGAAUUUUGAGGAAAUAUCACCAGCUGUGAUUCCUCACGCUACGAAAAUAUUCGUCAAUGGUAACUGGAUUGGCAUUCAUCGGGAUCCAGAGCUGUUGGUUAGAACACUCAGACAGCUAAGAAGACAGGUUGAUGUGAACACUGAAGUUGGAAUUAUUCGCGAUAUACAUCUGAGAGAGCUUCGACUAUAUACAGACUACGGUCGUUGCAGUCGCCCCUUAUUCAUUGUCGAGAAACAAGAGUUGCUUAUAAAGAAGAGGGAUAUUCUUGCCCUGCAGCAAAGAGAAUCGGCCGAUGAAUAUGGUUGGCAUGAUCUUGUAAGAAAAGGAUUUAUCGAAUACGUUGACACAGAAGAAGAGGAGACCACAAUGAUUUCAAUGUCGAUAAACGAUCUUGUGAAUUCGAGGCGAAACCCUGAUGAUGCUUAUUCCGAAACAUACACGCACUGUGAAAUCCAUCCGUCGCUGAUAUUGGGUGUUUGCGCUUCAAUCAUACCAUUUCCCGACCACAACCAGUCCCCUCGUAACACUUAUCAGUCGGCGAUGGGAAAGCAAGCAAUGGGAAUAUACGUGACUAAUUACCAACUACGAAUGGACACGCUAGCCUAUGUACUUUACUAUCCUCAGAAGCCUCUCGUCACUACUCGUGCUAUGGAGCAUUUGCAUUUCAGACAACUUCCAGCUGGCAUCAAUGCCAUUGUAUCCAUUACUUGCUACUCGGGAUAUAAUCAAGAAGAUUCUGUAAUCAUGAACCAAUCUUCAAUUGACCGUGGAUUCUUUCGGUCUUUGUUCUUCCGUUCAUAUCGGGACGAGGAGAAAAAGAUGGGAACACUAGUUAAAGAGGAUUUUGGGUGUCCUAAUCGAGACACAACCCUGGGAAUGCGGCAUGGAUGUUACGACAAACUAGACGAUGAUGGCUUUGCUCCUCCUGGGACAAGAGUCUCCGGUGAUGACGUCAUCAUAGGGAAGACAAAACCAAUUUCUCAGGAAGAUGCUCAAGGAAAAUCCGCAAGAUUCACAAAUAAGGACCAUAGUACUAGUUUACGUCACAGCGAAAGUGGGAUCGUCGAUCAGGUACUUUUGACAACAAAUGCUGACGGACUGAGGUUUGUCAAGAUUCGAAUGCGAUCGGUUCGAAUACCUCAAAUAGGAGACAAAUUUAGCAGCAGACACGGGCAAAAGGGAACGAUAGGAAUGACGUACACACAGGAAGAUAUGCCGUGGAGUAUCGAAGGCAUUACACCUGACAUAAUAGUCAACCCGCAUGCUAUUCCUUCUCGCAUGACGAUUGGUCAGCUUAUUGAAUGCAUUAUGGGGAAGGUGGCUGCUCACAUGGGCAAGGAAGGAGAUGCUACACCUUUUACUGAUGUUACUGUGGACAGCAUUAGCAAAGCUCUGCACAAAUGUGGUUACCAAAUGCGAGGAUUCGAGACAAUGUACAACGGCCACACGGGCCGUCAGCUGACAGCCAUGAUAUUCCUUGGCCCCACUUAUUACCAACGGCUAAAGCACAUGGUUGACGACAAGAUCCACUCGAGGGGCCGAGGCCCGGUUCAGAUCCUGACCCGACAACCCGCCGAAGGAAGAUCCAGAGACGGUGGUUUGAGAUUCGGAGAAAUGGAGCGCGAUUGCAUGAUAGCUCAUGGAGCCGCGCAUUUCUUAAAAGAGAGGUUGUUCGACCAGAGCGACGCUUACAGGAUUCACGCGUGCGAGAAUUGCGGUAUUAUCGCCAUUGCCAAUCUAAAGAAGCUUAGCUUCGAAUGUAGGAGCUGCAAGAAUAAAACAGACAUUGUUCAGAUAUACAUUCCUUACGCAUGCAAGCUUCUGAUACAAGAACUCAUGUCGAUGGCGAUUUCACCGAGGCUGCUCACAAAGGGUUUGGACACAUCCAAGGAACAAAAAAAGAAAGGUGGAUAAUUUCCAGCUGCCUCCAUGGAUUAGGCAAUGGAUAAUAAAUAGGUAUGGUUUUUUUUUUUUUUUUUGGCUUAAAUAACACAAUUUUUUUUGGCUUUCGUCUCUCUUAAAAUAACUUGCUUUAAGCUGUUAUUUUACAAGUACUAAUAGAUUUGCCUUUUCAAUUUAAGUUGAUUUUCCAGCGUACUUGCAAAUUAAACACACCCAACUUCUAGAAAUAAACACUUCAAACCAACUUAAUUCACAAUCACUAGCUUCUGCUUUUAACCAAUGGGUUCUCUGGAUUUUCCAGACCUUCCGUGAUCAUUUCUAUUCUUCUAUCUUAUCUCUAAUUUGGGCUGCCUGUUUUACCCGUGUUAUUUUUGAUAGAUUUUAUUUUUCGUCUGUUGAUACUUUUAACUAUUUUUCAGGUUUGUAGCAUUUCGCCUGAAUUUUUUUUUAUGUACGCAUCGAUUUUUGAUCUAUAGACAAGUUGGGGGUCCAUCACAACCCUCACCCCCUCCACCUUCAUCGAGUGUCGUUCUUCUGCUUUUAAAUAAGCUUUUGCAAAUACGAACAACAAUAAAAGGUGGGAAAAAUACAUUUUUCAUCCAUCAAAUUUGUACAAAUUUCACAUUCGGUCCCCCAUAUAUGUUCAAAAAAAAUAUAUUUGCCCCUUCAUGUUUCAAAAAUUCAACACUUUUAGUUAUUUCCAUCAAUUUUUCGUUAUUACUAACAGAAUCAAGCGUGUGCCCAUCACUGCGAGUUAACGGUAAAAUAACGGAAAUGACAAAAAUGUUAAAUUAUUGAAAC